AUGCCCAGCGACGCUCAGGUUGCCGGAGGCCACAAGGCCAACAUCAACAACCCCAACACCUCCGAGGAGAGCAAGCAGCAUUCCCGCGAUGUCCUGAACAAUGAGUUCGGCGGCGAGGACGCCCCAAACGCCGCCUCGGCCCAGUCUGCCAACGAUGACAACAAGAACCCCGGCAACGUUGCCGGCGGUCUCAAGGCUACCCUGAACAACCCUAACGUUUCGGACGAGGCCAAGCAGUCGGCCAAGGAGCGCCUCGACGCCAUGUAA